AUGGCCUUUCAGUGUGCCGGUGCUGAACAGGAUUUGUGGAAUGCAUCCGAACAGCUUCUUGCCAUCUUGCCACCUGAUGGGACGCCAGAAAAUAUUCCAGCUCCAGGCCCAGGCCCGCAAAGCCUUAUAUUGUCAAUUCGUGUGAAAACCCGAGACGGGGUAUGCGAGCAGAUGCUAGAUCGAGGCUGCGAGCUUCCUGCAGAGGGCAGAAGAGUCUUCACAACAACGCAGGACGAUCAGGCAGCAGCACGAGUUGAGCUUUAUGUCGGCGAACGACCUUUUUGUGAGGGCAAUCGCUUUCUGGGCAUGUUGGAAUUGGCGCCUUUGCCAAUUCCAUCUUAUCGGUCUUUCUUGCAGCUUGAGGUAACAGUUCGAGUGGAUGCACAUGGCAAAAUUUCUUGUACAGCAACCGAAAUCGAGAGUCGUGCUUUGGGGGAACCUUAUUGUCGAGGAGAGUGGCACGGAGACCUUUCAGACUUCAAUCCACCACCGCCCCCUAACCCAUACACCGAAGUGGUGCUGUUUUCUCAUGCUUUGGCGAAGCAUUUGCCUGUGCUUCUGCCAACACGGACCAUCCGCCUGCCAUUUGGAUACUCUGGCCGCGACAUUGUUAUUCGUCAGCACCAGCGCCGAGAACAAGAGCGAAUUGGGACGGGAGGAGUGCUUUGGGAGGCAGCUAUUGUUCUAGCUGACUUCGUAGCACGUAAUUCUCAGCAAUUUGCGUGGCAGGGCAAACGUGUUUUAGAAUUGGGGGCAGGAACUGGUCUCGUGGCUAUUGCUCUUGCUUUUGAGGGUGCAGACGUAUGUGCAACAGAUGGAAACCCGCGGGUCCUUGAUGGUGCAGAGGCCAAUAUCAAGUCGGCAAUGCCUUUCCCAGGCCGCGUAGUUGUUGAGCAAUUCGAUUGGAAUUCUGCUGAAGAUCUUGCCAAGAUUCAGGCGGCAGGACCCUGGGGUGCCAUCGUUGGAAGCGAUUUGGUUUACCCUGGCAAUGCUGGCAGAAAGUGCGUGGAUUCAAACGUUCAGAUGCCCCCUGCGGAUCAAACUCUGAUUUCUCUACUGUCUGCACUCGCAAAUGCUGACACAACAGUCCUCUUGGCACUCAAGGACCGCACCGGCGAGCUGCAACGCUUUCAUGACAACGUCUCACGACUCGGAGGUUGGACAGUUCACCAGGCACCACCUGACUGGAUAAUGCCCGAGUUUCGCAUGGUACAGCAAGUGGCAGUGUUGCAGCUGUACAAGAGUUAG